AUGUUUCAUUUUCCCCUGCAAAUUUCUUUUUCUUUUCUCUUAUAUUUUUUUUUUUUUUUUAUUUUAUGUUUGUUUCUUUUUCUUUUCUUUUUUUAUUAUUCUUUCUUUCUUUUCUUUUCAUUUUUCUUUCUCUUUCUCUUUUUAUUUCUCUUUCUCUUUUUCUGUUUCUUUUUCUUUUUCUUUCUCCUUUUUUUCUCCUUUCUCUUUCUCUUUCUCGUUCUCUUUCUCCUUUUUCUUUUUUCGUUUUCUUUCUCCUUUUUCUUUUCGUUUUCUUUCUCCAUUUUCUUUUUUCCUUUUCUUUCUCCAUUUUCUUUUUUCCUUUUCUUUCUCCAUUUUCUUUUUUCCUUUUCUUUCUCCAUUUUCUUUUUUCCUUUUCUUUCUCCAUUUUCUUUUUUCGUUUUCUUUCUCCAUUUUCUUUUUUCGUUUUCUUUCUCCUUUUUCCUUCACCUUUUUCUUUCUCCUUUUUCCUUCACCUUUUUCUUUCUCCUUUUUCCUUCACCUUUUUCUUUCUCCUUUUUCCUUCUCCUUUUUCCUUCACCUUUUUCUUUCCUCUAUAUUUUACACCUAUUUCUUCUUUGUUUUAUUCUACUACUUUAUUCAUGUUUUGACCUUUCCUCUCUCUCUCCUCCUUAUUUGUCCAUGCCUUUUUAUUAUUUCUUAGUUGUUUUAAGUAUUUCUUCCCUUUUAAACAUUGUUGACUCAUUCCUAAAUCCAACUAGUGAUAGAGGAAAUCAGUUGUUCUCUUUCCCUUUGCAUUUUCUUCCUGACUUGUUCAAUUGGCAUAUUCCCUGA